AGUCGGCUAGGAGGCGAGUUGACCUGACACCCUUCAGAUUGCCGAACACUAAUUAGUGCCUAUAGCCCGCCAAAGUGACGCCAUUUUCCCUGCACUGUUAAAAUUGAUUCGGCUGCGUAUAAUGACUGCCUCUUUAAAGCAAAAUCAAGGAAGCUGAAACAUUGUUCAACAUGCCAGACCCUUCCUUUUGAGCUCAAAAUUUUGGGGUGUACUAAUGCCCAUUUCUACGCACAACGCGAUGAGCAAUGACGACCAGGUCCAGCUCAUUCGGCCCGCAGAGAAGCCAUCGCGUCGCCCCCGAUCCGUCAUCCAACGAAACCCUCAACAUCAUUGAAGUACGCAAGGGAAGAUGGCUGCAUGUCCAACACAUUCUGCCCGAACAGAGAAAGCAAACCAAGCGACAAUUUGUCGCAGCCCCAGAACUCGAAGAACUUGGCGAGACUGCGGAGGAAUGCAGAGAGCAUGAUGGGAUACGCGGACCUGAGAACGAUGUAAACUGUCUGGCAUCCAAGCCGUGCAAUGUGGAUUUCAACGCCUCAACCCGGCAACAGACUACAGCGACCACUAGGCAAAUUUCUCUGCGCGACCGCAACCUUGAGAAGCUUGCUAGGGACAGCGAUGGUAGCAUCCUAAGCAAUCAAUCCUAUCCGGACAGUGCAAGCCAGAGCUCACUCCAUUCAAUCAUGGAGGACGGCAACACAGCGUUCUUCUUCAUCCACGGUGUCGGAGGCUGCUCAGACCUGUGGCGUCACCAGAUUAUGUACUUUGUCAGUCAGGGUUACGAGGUCAUCGCCCCUGACCUCCUAGGUCACGGUUUCAGCCGGGCACCCCAUCAGUCCAAGGCCUAUUCCUUUGGCGAGCACGCUGAUGACAUAAUGACCGUAUUUGACCGCUACUGCAAAAAGAGGAAUGUCCUUGUUGGCCAUUCUUACGGGGCCUGUUUUUGUGCCAAGAUUGCCCGUGAGCGUGCCAGGAAGGUCGCCAAGGUGGUCCUUAUCAGCGGUGGUGGGCCCGUCCCACUCCAACCGGAACCCUGUCAGCUGUUCUGCCUGCCCAGCUGUGUGCUGGCUUGCAUCAAGCCAAUCAUAACCAGUUGCUUUGUCAGCCAAGCCUUCCACAAAGACAGCAAGCAUUCGAAAGAGGAGAAGAACCACUCCUUUGACGUUCCGGCCUACGUGCUACGUGCGACCAUGCAGGGUCAGAACUGGCAUGAGGGUAACGAGGAGUACCACGCAAGCCUCCGUGCUAGCGUGCUGCUCAUCUACGGGAUGCAAGACGACUUGGUGCUCCUCGACGACGAGAUAUGGAUGAACGAAACUAUUUAUGCAUCUCAGCUUGAGACCCUUGAAAACGCAAGCCACAUGGUCAUGAUCGAACAGCCAGACAAAGUCAAUCAACUCAUCCACAGUUUCGUGCUGAAGGACACCAUGGUGCACCGGCGGGGCGCCCCCAAGAGGUCAAUGUCCUGCAGGUCAACCAAACUAGGCUCCCACGGGAAGACCAUGCCGCAUGUCACCAUCACGUGACAUCUGGUAAAUCAUGUGACUAUCACAUGGUUAACAAAAUCAUCUUGUUACACAGGGUGAGUAAAAAA